UCGGUUGUUAAACAGAGAGAGAAAAACAGUCGAGAGGAAGAAGAAGAAGGAAUUCGUGAGCAUCCUACUCUACUCCAUAUGGCGGGUAUUAUUAGGGUUUCUCAGUAAACUCAAAUUUUCCCGCCAUUUUCAAAAUUCAUACUUCGAGAAAGCCCUAAUUGUUUUACAAUUCUUAGUUCUUUUAACAAUUAAAUUCAAGAAAAUUUUCAGAUUUUUCCCAAUUUUGUUUUUCAAUACAAGGAUUAAUGGGGGCACAAGGAAAACCUCCUGCAACAACUGCAUCUCAGCGUGUUAAAGUAUACCAUUUGAAUGAGGAGGGGAAAUGGGAUGAUCGAGGUACUGGGCAAGUCAGUGUAGGUUACUUAGAGAGGUCUGAAGACCUUGCUUUGUUUGUGAUCGAUGAGGAUGACAGUGAGACGCUACUUGCACAUCGUAUUGGCUCAGAUGAAAAUUAUCAAAGGCAAGAAGAUACAAUCAUAUCAUGGCGUGAUCCAGAAUAUUCUACAGAAUUAGCGCUUAGCUUUCAAGAGAUUGCAGGCUGCUCUUUUGUUUGGGAACACAUUCGUAAUGCUGGGAAGAAUCUGCAUUUCAGUAACAUUAGUGAUCAAGAGAGUCCUCAAUCUGUUACCGAACCACUGGAGACAUCAGGAAUGUCACAGGCCAAUGAGGAGGCUUUUAAUUGUUUGAGCACUGAGCUGAGGGAGUUGCCUGCUGUUGAGCUAUCCACACUUCCUGCGAUAAUCAAGAUCGUAGCGGAGAGUGGCAUAACUGACCAGAUCCGUGUUGCGGAGCUUAUAAUACAUGAUCAAGAUUUUUUUCCAAAGCUCUUGAAUCUGUUUAGAAUGUGCGAGGACUUGGAAGACAUGGAUGCUCUCCGCAAAAUAUUCAGACUGGUGAAGGGAAUAAUUUUACUGAAUAGUCCUCAGAUCUUUGACAAAAUAUUCAGUGAUAAAUUUAUCAUGGAUAUUAUUGGGACCCUCGAGUAUGAUCAGGAAAUUUUUCGUGUGCAUCAUCGUGCUUUCUUGAAAGAGCAUGUGGUCUUUAAGGAGGCAAUCCCAAUCAAAGAUCCCUCAGUCUUGUCAAAGAUACAUCAGACUUACAGAAUUGGUUAUAUAAAGGAUGUCAUUUUGCCAAGAAUAUUGGACGAGUCUACGACUGUAAAUCUCAAUUCCAUCAUUCAAGGAAAUAAUGUAGCAGUCAUUUCUUUGUUGAAGGAUGAUAGUACCUUUAUCAAGGAACUAUUUGCAAGAAUGAAAUCAUCCACUGCCUCCACUGAAACAAAGAAAAAUUUGGUAGUAUUCUUGCACGAAUUUUGUAGCUUAAGUAAGAGCUUGCCAGUAGUAAAUCAGUUGCGACUGUUUAGGGAUCUUAUGUAUGAAGGCAUCUUUGAUAUCAUAGCUGUUGCACUGCAGUCAGAAGAUAAAAGGCUUGUAUUAAUUGGAACAGAUAUCCUUCUUCUUUUCCUUAACCAGGAUGCCAACCUUCUCAGGUCGUAUAUUAUCCGACCGGAAGGCCGUCCCCUUCUUGGACUUCUGCAUCCUUCAAGUUCUUUUAGUAGAGUUUCCUCUGUUAUGUGCAUGCCUGCUUUUCUGGUUAAAGGUAUGUUAACAGAUUUUGGCGAGGAGAUGCAUUGUCAGUUUCUUGAGAUACUGCGCAAUUUAUUGGACUGGUUCUCGGCAGGAUCCCAGAGAGAGACAAUAAUAGAAAUUUUCUACGAGAAGCACUUGGACCAAUUGAUAGAGGUCAUAAUGUUGUCAUGCCCUCCAAAAGGUCUCACCACAUCAACAACAGAAAAAUCAGCGGCUGGUGAUGGGCAUGGAAGUCAGGUGGUCAUAAAGCCAGAGAUAUUGACAAACAUAUGUGAAUUGCUGUGUUUUUGCAUUCUUCACCAUCCUUACAGGAUAAAAUGCAACUUUCUUCUAAAUAAUAUGAUAGGAAAAGUCUUACUUCUGGUUCAUAGAAGGGAGAAGUACCUAGUUGUAGCUGCUGUUCGCUUCAUGCGCAUCAUUAUUUGUCGCAACGCUAGUGAUGAGCAAUUACUCAGUCAUAUUGUUAAGAAAAACCAUCUGAAGCCAAUUGUGGAUGCUUUUAUUGCUAAUGGUGAUCGAUAUAAUCUUCUAAAUUCUGCAGUUCUUGAUCUUUUCGAGUAUAUCAGAAAGGAAAACAUAAAAACCUUAAUUAUGUACAUUGUUGAUUCUUUCUGGAGUCAGUUGGUCAAAUUUGAGCCAUUUGCAACUGUUUCGCAACUUAAACUUAAAUAUGAGCAGUUUCAGAACAAGGAAAAAAUUGACCCCGAAAAAUGCAUCAAUGAGAACCCAAGAAAGCGAUAUGAUGAGCGUGCUCUUGAUAAAGAGGAAGAAGAUUACUUCAAUGAGGACAGCGACGAAGAGGAUACUGCUUCUGAUAGUUCUUUAGAUGUCCAACAAGAAAAUCAAACUUCUUUACCAGCCACCUCCUGCCAUGCAUCAUUAAGGAAUAAAGUGGAAACUCUUGGUGGGGAUGAAAGAAGCACAUCCCCUCUGACACUAAAACGGAAAUCAAAUUACGAUGAGGAGGUGCUCGAGCCAACAAAGAAGCAGAAGUUGGAUGACGACUUGAGCAACCGUGACAAUGUUUUAAACACCGCUCCACAGUCGGUAUGUAAUCCUGAAGCAGAAUCUAGUAAACCACUUAUCCGAACCUCAGGUGAGAAAUUCUCUGAAGAAGAAGCUCAAAGUAAAGAGCAAAGAAGUUCUGAUAAUUCGCCGAGCACUUCAGAGAUUUGUCAAGUAACUGACGGAGGGUCUGCUGUGGCACCCAUAAAUGGUAGUGACUCAACAUCUAAGCUGAUUGUAGAUGAAGGGAGUACUACUGGUUCUUGUGUUCGAUGACACAUCCUUGUAUUAUCUGAUGUGUAAGACUGCUAUAUUCUCUCCUGGAAGGAGGAAAAGGUUUUGAUGACGAGGAAACAGGCCAAGACAGGAACAGCGGUCUGUGAGAAGGAAAGAAUCUAUUAUUCGCCGUAAGGGUCAAAGGAAUUCAAACCUCACCUGGCCUAGCAUUUGGUCUCAUCAUGCUGCUGUUACUCGAGAAAGGAAAAGAAAACAGUUCUUUUUGGUGGUAAACAACAGUCACACCCGCCUUCAAAAAUCUUCUUUUCUUCAAUUUUUGCCGUUUUCUGUAUUGAUUGAUUUUUCAAAUUUCUCUGUAUAAAUGUAUGCCAGAGAUGGAGGGUUAGGUUAAUAUUUUUCCUGAGUUCCAAUGAUUAAGAUAAGGCAAGCUGGUUGUCCAUGUGAUUGUACAUUUCAAUGUGUACAUGAAAUUACAGAUAGUGAAUCAGUUAUACAAUUUCAAUUGGUGUUUCGAUUA